AUGCAGACUGUUGAUACCGAGGGACCAAAUAGCUUGGAGAAAGAUAAGAUAAGUCUNCAUUACAUAGAGUUUCUUCAUGAACAAGUGAAGGUGCUAAGUGCUCCGUAUCUGCAAACGAUACCUGAUGUUACGCAGGAGGAGCUGGUGCAGUACAGUCUGAGAAACAGAGGAUUAUGUCUUGUUCCAAUGGAGAACACAGUAGGAGUUGCUCAAAGCAACGGAGCUGAUAUCUGGGCGCCCGUGAAUACUCCUGUAUCUCCAGCUUUCAGCGUUACAUCUCAGUCACCCUUUAGAUGACCAAUUCGGCUCUUUGCCUACUAAAAUCUUCAUGUUAAGCCUAAAGAAGAUGACCAGUUGUUACUGUUCUGAUGAUGCCUCUGUAACAUAGACAGAGAGACGCAUGAGUUUACAACAGUGUGGCGAUGGCUGUUAUUAUUUGACUGCUUAAUGCAUCCCCUUACUUGGACUUGUGUAAUAUGCCCAAACAGAAACCAAAUGAUUCUAAUGCAAAUUAAUCUACUUUCUGUGAAAAUUUGCUUAA